CCCUCUCCGCCGCCGCGGAGGCGAGACCUGUAGCCGGCGGAGGAGGCGGCGGCGGCGGCUUCCCGGGCGGGCCGGAGGGGGACAGAGGAAGCCGCCCCGCCCUUCCCUUCCCUUCCCAGCCCUCCUGCAGCCGGGCUCCCCCCGCCCCGGGUCGGACACGCUGCUGCAAGGCCACCCCGGGGCCCUCGGAGAAAAAGGUGCCUCCUUGAGCCUGGAUUGCUUGGCCCGGGAACAGCCAUAAUGACCAGCAAUGUAGUGGAGGAUGAACUGGACUUCUACUCCAAGGCCAAGAAGUACUGGAAGGACAUCCCUCCCACGGUGGAUGGCAUGUUGGGGGGCUACGGGCACAUCUCCAACAUUGACAUCAACAGCUCCAGGAAGUUCUUGCUCAGGUUCAUCCGGGAUGGCUCAAACAAGACAGGGACCGCCCGGGCUUUGGACUGCGGGGCUGGGAUCGGCCGGAUUACCAAGAGACUCCUGCUGCCUCUUUUCAAAGCAGUGGAUAUGGUGGACGUAACUGAGGACUUCCUGAACAAAGCCAGGAGCUACCUUGGGGAGGAGGGGCGACGUGUGAGGAACUACUUCUGUUGUGGCCUGCAAGACUUCAGUCCUGAGCCCGGCGCUUACGAUGUCAUCUGGAUUCAGUGGGUGAUAGGACACCUGACGGAUGACGACCUCACCAACUUCCUGAAGAGGUGUCGGCUCGGCCUUCAGCCCAACGGCAUCAUCGUCAUUAAGGACAAUAUGGCCCAGGAAGGAGUGAUCAUGGAUGACGUGGACAGCAGCGUAUGCCGCGACCUGGACGUCGUCUGCAAGCUCAUCCGCCGGGCCGGGCUCAGCCUCUUGGCCCAAGAAAAACAAGAGAACUUCCCCGACGAAAUCUACCACGUCUAUACUUUGGCCUUGAGAUGAAGGCUUACAAGGCCGGGAGAGGGGAAGAACGCUUUCCCAGGGGCCCCACGGGGCCACGUCAGAGUGAGGACCCUCCCGUAGAGGGCUGCUUCAGCAUGCGGGGGCUGAGACCACCAGCCCUAGGAGCUGGUCCAAACAUCGUGGGGUGUGUCUUGACUGUCUGCUGAGGCUGGUUUUGGUGGGGAAGAAGUUUAGCCUUUUGUCUUCAGAUAAAGCAGCGGCUUGCAAGAAAAUA